AAGUGAAAAGAGCUCUAGCAUUCGAGCAAGCAUCAUAGUGAUUCACCGGACAGAGAUGGGGAGAAAAGAGCGGGCGAAGGAGCGAAGAGAAAAGAGACGCCAAGAAAUAUCCGAUCUCAGAAGGGUACCUUACACUGACCAGGAAAGGUGGUGGGGCUCAGAAACUGUUGCUGUGGUUACUGGAGCUAACAGAGGAAUUGGAUAUGAGAUUGCCAGGCAACUUGCAGUUCAUGGGCUGAGUGUUAUUUUUACAUCAAGAGACAUCAGCAAGGGUCAUGAAGCAAUGGAAUCAUUACAAGGUGAAGGUUUAAAUGUUGCCUUCCAUCAAUUGGACAUUCUGGACCAUGUAUCUAUAAAAUCAUUUGCUGAAUGGCUACAACAGAAUUAUGGCAGUAUUGAUAUUUUGGUAAAUAAUGCAGGUGUUAAUUUCAAUCUUGGACCAGAUAAUUCUGUUGAAUUUGCUGAGAGGGUUAUUUCAACGAACUAUUUUGGCACCAAAAAGAUGAUUGAGACAAUGAUUCCACUGAUGAAACAUUCGGCUUUUGGUGCUCGCAUUGUGAAUGUGAGUUCCAGACUUGGUAGACUGAAUGGCAGGCGGAAUAGACUGGGAGAUACAAUGUUGAGGGAGCAGCUUGCUGAUGAGGAUUCUCUCUCCGAGGAACUGAUAAACAGGACUGUUACAUGCUUCCUUGAACAAGUUGAACAGGGCAGUUGGGCGUCAGGUGGCUGGCCUAAAAUCUAUACUGACUAUUCUGUAUCAAAGCUUGCAGUUAAUGCUUAUACCCGACUUAUGGCAAAGACACUCUCGAACCGACCAGAAGGUCAGAAUAUACAUAUCAAUUGUUAUUGCCCUGGCUGGGUGAACACUGCCAUGACCGGUUGGGCGGGGAAUAUUUCAGCUGAGGAAGGUGCUGACACAGGAGUCUGGCUUGCCCUGCUACCUGGGCAAACAGUCACAGGAAAGUUUUUUGGAGAACGGCGUGAGAUUGGCUUCUAAAUAGUGAGUUUUCAGGUAAAUGCAGCACAGCAUCUGCUUCAGGUCUACUCCUAGUUUGAUUGUUGGCCCGAAAUGAAUAUCUAUGUGAAGAAAGCUGCAGUAAAAUAACAUCUUGAUGGCCUGCUUUUACCUGUUUUCAAAGCGAGUAAUUGGAUCAACUCUUCUCAUUGAGGAUGAGGGGGGGAAAGGUGAAGCUCUUUGGGGAAAUGAUUACCUUGUUUGAUCCACAAGGGGUGAUUUACGGUUAGUUCAAAUCAAACCACGUGAUUUUGCAGUUUAGUUAGAUCCACAACUUUCAUUUGAAUGCCCCUCCAAAAUCAGGUUGGAAAUAGUGUAACAUUGCAAGUUACAUAUACUGAAUGGGCAAGGUGGAUGUGAUUUGAUUUCUUGAAGUUCUAUGGCUUUGCAGUUGCUUACAUUCA